CAGAAAUUACCCUACCCCAAAUCGGUAUUCUUCAUUAUCAGUAAUGAAUUCUGUGAACGUUUCAAUUAUUAUGGCAUGAGAACAAUUUUGGUUUUAUAUUUGAGUCGUCAAUUGGACUACAGCGAUGACACAGCCACUGUUAUCUUCCACAUCUUCACCAUGUUCGUCUAUUUCUUGUGUAUUUUGGGUGCCAUCAUUUCGGACAGUUGGUUGGGCAAAUUCAAAACAAUUCUCUAUCUCUCGUUGGUCUAUGUAUGCGGUUCUGUUUUGGUUACAUUGGGCGCCAUGCCACCAUUGAAUCUGCCGGCAACAACAUUUACAAUGAUAGGUCUGGCACUGAUAGCGCUGGGUUCGGGCGGUAUAAAACCGUGUGUCUCAGCCUUUGGUGGUGAUCAAUUCAAAAUGCCGGAACAAUUGAAACAGAUGACCACAUUCUUCUCGUUGUUCUAUUUCUCGAUCAAUGCUGGUUCAUUGAUUUCGACCUCUGUAACGCCAAUUUUAAGAGAAGAUGUCCAUUGCUUUGGUGAAAAGGAAUGUUACUCCUUGGCAUUUGGUGUACCGGCUGUUUUGAUGGCUGUUUCGAUUGUUAUCUUUGUUUUGGGUCGUCCUUUGUACAAGAGCAAGCCUCCAGCAGGCAAUAUGGUUGUCUUGGUCAGCAAAACCAUUGGUAAUGCCAUCUCCACCAAAUGGAAGGAGAAGAAGACCAAUCCCCGUGAACAUUGGUUGGACUAUGCCGAUAAGAAAUACGAUCGCCAGUUGAUUGAAGAUGUUAAAGUUUUGAUGCGUGUCUUGGUCUUGUAUUUGCCUCUGCCUAUUUUCUGGGCCUUGUUCGAUCAACAGGGUUCCCGUUGGACCUUCCAAGCUACUCGUAUGGACGGUGAUAUGGGUGCAUGGGAUAUUAAACCGGAUCAAUUGCAAGUGUUGAAUCCUCUGUUGAUUUUGGUCUUCAUUCCUCUGUAUGAUGUGGCCUUCUACCCCGCAUUGAGUCUGAUUGGUAUUCGUCGUCCAUUGCAAAAAUUGACAUUGGGUGGUAUUUUAGCCGGUGUUGCUUUCAUUAUUUCCGGUGUUGUGGAAUUGAAGUUGGAGAAAACCUAUCCUACACUUCCCACUCAACACAUUUCUCAAUUGCGUAUCUUCAACGGUGAAAAUUGUCCCUACACCAUUACCACGAAUAUUCCCGGACACCAAUUUAUCAACAUUCCCGCUCAUGGCUAUUAUGUCAACAAAGACGUACCAGUAUCGGGUCAUACCUUCGAGUUUGAGUACACAUUCAUGGCAACAGGACAAAAUUGUUACGACUUCCAAGGCGGUUCUUAUAAAUUGGUCGAAAAAGAAGCUCACACCCUGUUCAUGAAUACUAAAAAUACCAGCUAUCCUUUGAUCUGGUACGAAGAUUUUGUCAAUAAACCAUCGAGAGGCAGUCCAAUGGGCAGAACCUUGACCAAUGUUCAAAUGGGACGCACAAUUGAAUGGCGUAAAGUUAAAAAGGAUACGAUUGAACAUCAAGAGCCGGCAUACACCAACAAUUUGACUGAAUUUUCAAGCGGCGAUUACAAAAUUUUGGUCGAUGGUCAGGAAGUCCUGCAGACCACAUUGAGUACCGGCGGUGUCUAUACCAUUUUAAUUGAUGAACUACAAAAUGGCCAAUAUUAUGCCCAGGAAAUCAUUAUUACCGAUCCCAAUUCCAUGAGCAUCUUAUGGCUGAUACCACAAUAUGUUGUCAUGACCUUGGGUGAGGUUAUGUUCUCGGUCACAGGUUUGGAAUUCUCCUACUCACAGGCUCCAGUCACCAUGAAAUCCGUAUUGCAAGCCUGUUGGCUGUUGACAGUGGCCUUCGGUAAUGUGGUUGUGGUCAUUAUUGCCGAACUGAAAUUGUUCGAUUCACAGGCCAGUGAGUUCUUCCUCUUUGCCGGCCUUAUGUUUGCCGACAUGGUCCUGUUCAUGUUCAUGGCCUAUCGUUAUAAGCCCAACAAUCCGAAUGCUGUAGCAGAAAUUGAACCCUUAACCGAAAAGGAUAAGAAAUCGCCACUGGAAUUGGAGGGUAUCGAUAACAAAGCAUUGGAUACCAAUGAAUAA